AUGGAUUAUCAAUAUGGAUAUCAACAACAUCGUUCUCGAUCCCAUUCUCGUAUUCCACAACAAUCAAGUCCUGGAUAUCGAUCUGCUGAACAUGAUUAUUCUGCUUCGGGUACUGGACCUACUGGAAACUAUUUUGGUGCUUCAAGAAUAAAUCAUUUUGGAGGAGAUAAUCGACCAAGACGCUCACGAUCUUUAGAUAAUCGAAGAGAUCUUAUAUUUAGCGAUAAUUAUGGAUUUUCGCUAGGAAGUGCUGAUGAUAGAUAUACUGGUGGUACAAUGAGAUAUCAGUCCCAUCAUCAACAUCAGCAUCAACAACAACAACCACGAAAUUAUGAUUAUCAACAAUAUUUAAGCAUCAGCACCGGUCCUAUAGCAGAAUACCGAAGUACUUAUGACGGACGACGUGGCGUUGUAACAAAUGAUUAUCAUUUGGAUAAUCAAAUGGUACCAUAUCAAGCAAGAAUUAGUCUUCCUGAAUCUGAUUGGGAUGCUUUGGACCGUUCUAUCCGCAACUACCGUGAAGAUCUUGGUGCUGAGCCAAUGAUUGCAACUUCGCGACGUUCCAAACCCCAAAGUUUAUCUCCUAUACGUCACAAUUAUGAUGGUACUUUAAGAGGUGGUACGAAAUCUUCACGCCAAAACUUGUCAUCCUUUUUUCACCGGCAUUCUGGAAUUGGUAGUGGUGGUACAGGACCACAGAGUGGUACUUCCACUAAUAAGAACGAAUUAGUGCUUCAAAAUCGUACUGAUUAUCAUCAUGGUGGUUGCACAGCCGUGCAAGAUGAAGUAGAAUUUGGUGCAGAUCGCGGCUUGACCAGUUAUUAUAGAGGUGGUGCUGGUAGUUCCAACCAACAACAGCAUCAUCAGAGCUUUUAUGGAUCUGCUGGCAAUACAGGAACUAUGCGAGGUGGUGGUGGUGCAACGAUGAAUCGUAGUGGUGUUGGAGGUAUCACACGUUACGAUCUAGGAGUACCGAAGUAUUACAAACUACACUGCUGCUGCUUCAGCUUUCGAUGGCCACCUUGGGCUUUUGAAGAGGUGGAUCCACCACAACCUAUGUACCGCCGAACCUAA